CUCUCCGCAGUGGGGAAGCCUCACAAGUGCAACUACUGCGGCCGGAGCUACAAGCAGCGCAGCUCGCUGGAGGAGCACAAGGAGCGCUGCCACAACUAUCUGCAGAAUGUCAGCAUGGAGGCUGCCGGGCAGGUCAUGAGUCACCACGUACCUCCUAUGGAAGAUUGUAAGGAACAAGAGCCUGUGAUGGACAACAAUAUUUCUCUGGUGCCUUUUGAGAGACCUGCUGUUAUAGAGAAGCUGACAAGCAACAUGGGAAAGCGUAAAAGCUCCACCCCACAGAAGUUUGUGGGUGAAAAGCUCAUGAGAUUUGGCUAUCCAGAUAUUCCCUUUGAUAUGAACCUAACCUAUGAGAAGGAGGCUGAGCUGAUGCAGUCUCACAUGAUGGACCAAGCCAUCAACAAUGCAAUCACCUACCUUGGAGCUGAGGCACUUCAUCCCCUGAUGCAGCACACACCAAGCACAAUUGCAGAGGUGGCCCCGGUCAUCAGCUCAGCUUAUGCUCAGGUCUAUCAUCCAAACAGGAUAGAAAGGCCCAUUAGCAGGGAAACAGCUGACAGUCAUGAGAACAACAUGGAUGGCCCGAUCUCCCUCAUCAGACCAAAGAGUCGAACCCAGGAUAGAGAGGGCUCCCCCAGCAAUAGCUGCCUGGAUUCUACUGACUCAGAGAGCAGCCACGAAGACCGCCAGUCCUACCAAGGAAACUCUGCCUUAAAUCCCAAGAGAAAGCCAAGUCCGGCUUAUAUGAAGGAGGACGCCAAGGCUUUGGAUGCCACAAAAGCUUCUAAGGGCUCUUUAAAGGAUAUCUACAAGGUCAUCAAUGGAGAAGGGGAGCAGAUUAGGGCUUUCAAGUGCGAGCACUGUCGCGUCCUUUUCCUGGACCAUGUCAUGUACACCAUCCACAUGGGCUGCCACGGCUACCGGGACCCGCUAGAGUGCAACAUCUGUGGCUACCGAAGCCAGGACCGCUAUGAGUUCUCGUCGCACAUAGUCCGAGGGGAGCACACAUUCCACUAGGCCUUCUCAUCCAAAGGGGACUCGUAUGAAGUAGAAGAACUGCACAUGAAGAAAUACUGCACUUACAAUCCCACUUUUCCUCAGACAUUGAGACACUUAUUUUGUUGUUGUUGCUGUUGUCGUUGCUAUUGUUUAAUUAUUAUUAUUAACCUUAUUUUUUGUGGACCUAACCUCAUUUGCUCUGCUCAGCUUAAGAAUGGAAAGAAGGAAGGGAAGGGAUGAAAGAGGGGUUUGCCGUUGCUGUCACUUUGGGGAGAGCGACCCUCCUCGCUCUCUGUGGGAAUUGG